AUGGCAGCUUAUACUGGGAACUCAGAUCCAAGCGAUCACCUGUCACGAUUCAACCGAGUCAUGACAGUCAUGAGAGUCAGCAACGACGCCAAGUGUUUGUGCUUCCCGCAAACUCUAAGCGGAUUCGCAGAAGAGUGGUUCAAGAAACUGGAACCAGGAUCCGUGGAUUGCUGGAAUAAGUUGCAAACCAGCUUCCGGAGACAGUUUUUCGCCGCAAGGAAGGUUAAUCUGGAGGUCAGCGCCUUGACUAACAUCAAGCAGCUGCCCACGGAAACAUUGAAGAAUUUCAUAAAGAGGUUCAAGGAAGAAGCCUUAAAAACCAAGAAAGUCGAUGACGGACAACAGCUCGCUCUUCUCCAAACAGGCAUCCGUACAGGGACUCCAUUCUGGAAUGAGUUAUAG